AAGAAACAGAAGUGAGAAAGUCCACCCAACGGCACAAGCAACUUUGAAUCUCUCCAUUUUCACACGAGACAUAAAAUCCCUAUGAACAAUCAUGGAGGAGGAGGAGUAUUUUGAUUAUGAUAACUACACCGCAGACAUCGAUGACAACUCCACCACUGAAGGAACCCUAAAUUUAUAUAGUGCCUCGUCUUCUUCAACUUAUGCUCUGGUGGCAGUCAACAUCAUCAUAUGUGUUUUGGGACUUGCAGGAAAUUCCCUGGUGAUUUGGAUUUGUGGAUGGAAAAUGAAAACCUCAGUCAUCACCAUCUGGUACAUCAGCCUGGCCAUUUCAAACUUUUUGUUCUGUGCCUUGUUGCCUUUCGAAGUUGUGUACAUGAUAACUUCACACUGGCCCUUUGGAGAAGGCUUGUGCAAGCUCGCCUCAUCCGCCUUGUUUCUCAACAUGCACAGCAGUGUGUUCCUGUUGGUUCUCAUCAGCACUGACCGCUGUAUCAUGGUCUUAUUUCCUGUGUGGUCGCACAACCACCGCAAAGCAGGAAAAGCCCUUGGAGCCGUCAUCCUCAUGUGGGUUCUUUCUGCAUUCUUAACAGUGCCCUCACUUAUGUACAGGAAAACCACGGUCCACGGCUCGGUCAUUCAGUGCCACACGGAUUAUGGGGUCAGACAUAAAGCGGUGGUACUGACCCGUUUCAUUUGUGGGUUCCUGAUUCCUAUCCUAAUGAUUGUCUUCUGUUGCUCUGUGCUUGCCGUAAAGCUCAGAAGUCUGACCCACAAGUCAACAAAGCCAUAUAAAAUCAUGGCUGCGCUCAUUUUGUCUUUCUUCGCCUGCUGGGUCCCCUACCACACCUUUGUCCUGCUGGAGAUAGACUUUAAGAACUACAACCUGGAGGUCAUUAAAACUGGACUAAAAGUUGGGGCCACCUUGGCUGCAGCAAACAGCUUCCUAUCUCCAGUUCUCUAUGUGUUCAUCGGCAAUGACUUUAAGAAAACCCUAAGGCAGUCAUUAUCAUCAAGGAUUGAGGAUGCUCUGGCAGAGGAUAUUCGUACAGUUGGUCUCAGUCACUCAAGGUCCAAAACAAUGGAAACUGGCCUAAAUUAGAGUUUUUACUAAGGAGUACAUCACAGUGCAUAAAUAUGAUUACUGAUCUCAAUGACACUGUUAAUAUUGAAUGUUGUAUAAUAUUUAAAUAGGUUAAACUAAUAAGUUAUUAUGGUAACUUUAAUUGAUUUUUGCACAAUAUCACAUUUAAAGACAAAGUGAUCACAAUCAGUUAUUCAGACAAGCAGAAAUCUGGGAAACUGCUUAAUUCUUAAUUCAUUCAGGUUAAACAAAGCAUAUCUUUGUUCAGGUAUUUUGUGUGUGUGAAUGGCUGUCUUGUCUUAUUGAUUAUUGUCAUGUUUCUUUUGAAAUGCAUAUUUUAAGUUUACUGAAAUGUAACUAAAGUUUAAUUUACAAUUUAUUGUACUGCAUUGUUAGCUCUGCGAUAGAUGGGCGACCUGCCCUGGGUGUACCUGCGUCUCUCGCUCUCUGGAGGCUUGGAAAGGCUUCAGGCCCAUCGUGACCCUGAAAUGGAUAAGGAGGAGAAAAUGGAAGGAUGGAUGAACUGUGAGGCUGUGGCGUGUCCAGCGGGGUGGCCUGGGGGGGCACAGGCCACCCCAGGUGCCACCCCGAAGGCAAAACAAUAAAAUCCAAUGAAAU